AUGAUGAGGAUGGUGAUGAAGAUGGCUGCUGUCUCCUCCAUCUCUCUGCUCCUCCUGUGCUGCUGCUUCAUCUCCUCCACAGAUUCUGAGGAUAUAUGCAUAUACGCUGCAGCGGGAGACAACUACAUCGUGCCUCUGAUCUACAAAAUGGGCGAGGGGGACUCGUUGUCAUGGAAACGCGACACUGAAACAAUCUUUUCUAAAAAAAAAGCCGUGGUUAUCACCGGGAAGAAGGAGGAUAUUUCUGCAGAUGGAUCCCUGAAGCUGACAAAUCUGAAAAAAAGCAACUCAGGGACAUACACCCCCGAGGUCUUUGGCUCAAAUGGAAAAAAAAUAAAGGAGACUUUGAAAAGCACCACUUUAUGUGUGUUGGACCGUGUCCUGAAGCCCAAAGUGACGAUUGACAACUGUAAAGCAAAAUCUGUCAGAUUCACCUGCUUCGUUCCUCAGGAUCCCAAGGAUUCCAAACUGGACUACGUAUGGCUUCAGAACAACAAGGUGUUGCCACUGGAGAAAAGUAAGACUCUGACACGAACGGAGCUACAGUUGGAACCAAACUCCUUCAGCUGCAACGUUUCUAACCGCGUCAGCUCCAUGAGCAGUGAUGCUGUUCAACAGACGUGCAUUACGCGUAAGUUAUUCCCUGACAAACUAUUCGGAAUCAAUACCUGGAUUAUUGUGGGCGCCGGAGGAGGUGUCGUUCUGCUGCUGAUUAUUGUCGUUAUUGUUUGCUGCGUCUGCACCAGACGGAAAAAACGCAUGCAACUGAAGGACGAGGGGGAGCUCCGUUUGGCGUGGACCAACGAACAACAACAACAUCUUCAACAUCAACAUCAACAUAACUGUCCUCCUGAUCAACAACAUCAUCAUCAUCAUCAUCAACACCCCCAGCAGCAGCAGCCGGCCGGCCACACGGGUCCUCGCCAGCACCGCUCCAAGCAGCCCCGCGAGCAGCAGCGUCCCCGGGCCCCCGAGCAGAGCUCCGGCCGGCCCCAGCCCAGCCCCCGCAGACCUGCACAGGCCCCCAGGCCGGCUGAUACAACUGAUGAGGAGCAGCCUCCUCCUCUUCCUCAGCCCAGGAAGAAAGGUCCCAGAACAACAAGAGCGUGAGUGUUUCGAGUUAAGGAGUCACUCCUCUUCUUUUCUGGAUUCACCUGCUCCUCUACUCCUCUAUUAAUGUGUUCAUUCAAAUUUAGCCAGGAAAUGCAUUGAAGACGUUUCUCCUCGAUCCAUCUUAUUCUACAGUCAUGGAAAAAAUGAUUAGAACACCUUUGUUUUUUUCAAUGUAUCGUUAAUUUAAAUGCCUGGUACAACUAAAGGUACAUUUGUUUGGAGAAAUAUAAUGACAACAAA